CUUUUCAGAUUAAAAUGGGUUUUGUGUGAAGGCUGUAGAAGAAAGAGACAAACAGGGAUGAGGAUGAGUGGGAUGAAUGAAAGAGGAGUUGGAAAAUGUAUACGCUGGUUUUUUAAUCACAACAACUGGUCCCCGGACCACCAGGAGAUCAGUAGAUCAUUUGCCGCUAUCCAGGAAGAGGAGAAAAAAAGAAUUCAUCAGUUCAUGUAUCAGUCUGAUGCUAAGGCCUCGCUAGUUGGAAGAUUAAUGCUAAGAAAAGCUGUAUGUUUACUGGGGGAACUAACCAACAAACAGAUAAAAUUCUCCAGAACUGACAGGGGUCGUCCUUUUCCAGAGAACCUGCCUGAACUGGAAAUAAAUAUCUCGCAUGCUGGAGAUUUAACUGUUCUGGCUGCACAGAGGGUUAACGUGGAGCAAAUUGAAAAGGAUGAGAACCAGGAUAGAUUUCUUCUCGGAGUUGAUGUUAUGCCCAUCUGUGACAGUCGGAUAGACCGGACGGAGAACUUUUUCCGUCUGAUGCGUAAACAGUUCACGGAUUAUGAAUGGGAGACAAUUCUCUCUAAACCAUCUGAAGAAAUGAAAUUGGAAUGUUUUUACAGGUUAGACAUUCUUUUCGUAUACACAAAUCUCCACUUUAACCCCCCCCCCCCAGUGGUUCCGCGGCCGGACAAAUUAAAAAAACUAAGUUGUCCUGAAUUUUGCUGAAUUUUUUAAUAUGAC